UACAAAGUGAAGAUCUCCAGGAGUUAGGGGAGGGAAAAGACCGUCUAACUCAAUCUUAAUUAGUAAGGAUCUCAGACACAGAUUUUAGGGGAAUGUUCCUGCACUGGAUGACAAACGAGGAGGGAGCUUUAAUUUGUGUUUCUCUGUAACACUGGGGACUGGCUGAUAAAACAUUUGUGAGAACAGAGAAGGAGGGAAAAGAACAAAAACAAGGGCAAAGAACAAUUUCAUCAAAGUAGACAGACAUGAUCUCCUCCACAGUGUUGUUCUAUGGGAACUAUGUGCUGUGCCUGUGCCUGGGACUGCUGUGUGUGGUGUUUGUCAGUUACUGGAACAUCGAGUGGCGUGGUGGCUUUGCCUGGGAUGCGUCCUUUCUGCAGUUCAACUGGCAUCCCGUGCUCAUGGUGACUGGCCUGGUAGUUCUGUAUGGGAACGCGGCUAUCCUAUACCGCAUCCCCUUUACCUGGAGUCAGAGGAAGCAGCACUGGAAGCUGGUGCACGCUGCUCUGCUGCUGUCCUCCCUGAUCCUGUCCAUCCUUGGGCUGUGUGCUGUGUUUGACUUCCACACAGGCUACCACAUCCCCAACCUGUAUUCCCUCCACAGCUGGGUGGGCAUCUGCACCGUAGUCCUGUUCACUGCCCAGUGGCUCCUUGGCCUGGUUGGUUUCCUGUCUCCCUGCUCUCCCCUCGGGUUCCGUAAGCUCCUGAAACCAGUUCACGCCUGUAUGGGCAUGGCCAUCUUUAUCCUCAGCCUGGCCUCCUGUCUCUCUGGCAUCAACGAAAAACUGCUCCUUUCUCUCAACGGCAACAGCAACAGCACCGCAGCCUAUUCCUCACAUCCUGCAGAGGCCUUGUUUGCUAACUUCCUGGGUGUCCUAAUCGUGGCCUUUGGAUUGGUGGUCCUUGGAAUCCUGUCCAACCAGAGGUGGAAUAGGCUGGAACCAGGGGAGGAGAGCUCUAGAUCAUUGCUUCCGGAGGACAACUGAAGAAGUAGAAGACCUUGGUGUUCUCUUCUUCUCCCUGCCCUUUUCUAUUUUUGGAUAAUGGAUCAAUUGGAGACAAAGAACACUCUGAUGUUCCCUCCUGUGUCUCAGAACAUCAGCUGUGGUAGUAGUUACACGUGACAUAAUGACAUGAUGACUGACAUGCAAUGUUUUUACUCUAUACCGUCUAUAGUAUAAGGGAGACUAUGUGCAUUGAAGCCUUAUUGUGUGGUAUAAGCCCUAUAGAAAAGUUUGUGGUCAUACACACAUCCUUAAAAACAUAGGUGUUGGGCUAAUAAAGAAUACUAGUAUAGAACAAUAAUUCACCACUUUAUUGACAACCUUUUGAUCCAAAACACAUUUUUGUCAGGUAAAAAAAAGAGUGCUCACAUCCCAAAAUAUACACAUUUCACCUCAUAUGACCAUUGCUGACAUGACGCAUGGUGGGUGCAAAAGCAAUUUGUGUGUCUCUAAUAAUGUAAUAACUAUCACAUGUCAGGUAAGACCCAGAUGCAGACAACGUCAAAGUAACAACAGUUUAUUAAUCGAACAGGGGCAGGCAAAAGGCAGGCAGAGGUCGGUUAUCCAGAUAGGUGGGGUAAAGGCACAGGACGGGAGGCAGGCUCAGGGCAGGCAGAAUAGUCAACACCGGUACAAAUACACAGGGGAUAAUGGGGAAGAUGGGCGACACCAGGAGGGGGGUGGAGACAAUCACAAAGACAGGUGAAACAUCAGGGUGUGACAAAUAACAAUGAGAUGGGUACAUGUAGUCGUUCCAGAAAAUAAUAUAUAUUUCCAAAAUGACUAAGUAGGUGACCUGGAAGGCAAGACUAAUCAAAGUGACAUAUUCAUGUAGGAAAUGAUCUAUAGGCCCUAUACCAUACAAUUAUUAGGCUGUACAACUGCAUAGUCCAUUCUUAAAAGCUCUUUUAGGGCUCGGAUGCUGCUAGCGGGAUCAAAAUGGACAACAUCCGUUGAAGUUGGAGCGUGCCAAAUUCAAAUGACAAAAUUGUAAUAUAAAACAUUCAUGAACAUACCAACAUACCAGUCUUACAUCAUUUAAAAGCUUAACUUCUCUAGGGUUCUGUUAUACUCACAGACAUUAUUUUAACCAUUUUGGAAACGUCAGAGUGUUUUCUAUCCAAUGCUAUAAAUGCUACCGGCCUAGCUUCUGGGCCUGAGUAACAGGCAGUUUACUUUGGGCACGUCAGUCAUCCGGAUAUUCAGGAUACUGCCCUAAGAGGCUGAUUUAAUCAUGCCUGAUACUGCUCCCCUUGUUAAAACUGUAUCAUAAUAAUGUACUAAAAACACUAUACUCUCUUUGCAAUGAAAAUUGGUCGUGUUUUGUGAAAUGUUUAUUAAAGUUGCC